AUGGUAGAGACAUUACAGAAAGUCGCCCUCUUCGGCGCAUCAGGACACCUUGGCCAGCCACUGCUACCAGCACUGCUCGCAGCCAACUUCGAGGUCACCGUCGUCGUCCGAGAAUCAGGAAAGCAAACGAGGUACCCACCACAGGCUAACAUCAUCAAAAUUUCGGAUGCCUACACCAAGCCCGAACUCCUUACCGCUCUCCAAAACCAAGACGCCGUCAUCAUCGCCUUCAACCACUCCGCGAACGCCGCCCAUCACCGAACAAUCAUCGACGCGGCAGCAGAAGCCGGAGUCAAGCACCUCAUUCCGAACCACUGGAGCAGCAACGCCGAGCUACCCAUCGUCCGGUCUAGCUCUGAGCGUCAGGAGGCACUCGACAGCGACAUCGACUACCUGAGCUCCACGCAUUCCGCCUCGAACAUGAUCUGGACUGCCAUAGUGACUGGGAUCUUCUUCGACCUCGCUUUCCCAUUUGGAUUGCUGGGUUUCAACCUCAAGGGCCAAACUGCUGAGAUCUGGGAUUCCGGCGAUGCGACUUUCUCGGCUUCCACCAACGAGGAUAUUGCCAAAGCACGAUCGCGGUGUUGCGCCAACCAGAGAAGCCAGAACCAGCUACUGGCGCUGGCAGAAAACGUGUCAGGCACCAAAUGGGAAGUCAAGCACGUGACCAGCGAAGAAAAGAUCAAGGGCGCGGAGGAGGUGAUCAAGAGCGGUGCGCAAGGGAUGCCAUGGAUGAUCGCGCAGGGAACGCUGGCUGCUAGCGCAUUGUUUGGAGGAGAUGAGUUCCAGGCGGAUUUCGAGAAGCACGGGAGGUCUUCGAAUAAGCCGCUAGGUCUGGAAGGCGGAAAUGUUGAGGCGGCUGUACGGCGAUUUGUGUCCCCAUCUCGACGCGUGUGA